AUGGAGGGAUUGACAGCCACUUUGGCGAAUAUAUUUUCUUAUGCGUUUCUCAGUUUGGCUUUGUCUCUUGGAAGUAAUCUGAAAAUUUUUGAUGCUAUUGGUGAUGUAUCUACGCCGGAAUCACCAGCAACUGCUGCUAUGAUAGCAAACAGGGCUGGUUUAAAAGAAAGAUACGUCAGAGAAUGGCUUGGUGCUGUUUCUUGUGGAGGCUUCGUUGAGACCGAUGAAAGCGGUGAGCGCUUUUGGUUGAAACCUGAAUAUCGUGAUGUGCUCAGUGGUCCUAAUGCAACGUUCAUGUUGCCAGAAAUGAAUGUGAUUAGAAUUUAUGCUGGCAUGGCAGAAAAUAUCGAAAAUAUUUUUAAGAAAGAUGGUCCAAAAGGAGCGGACUGGAAUGAUUAUAAAGGACUACAAAAAUACAUCGAAAUGUUUACUAAAGGAACUUGGGGUACCGGUUACGCUGACAAAUUUUUAGCGGAUACUGGGUAUGAGAAAAAACUAAAAACUGGCACUAUAGAAGCUAUCGAUGUUUGCUGUGGAAACGGAUAUCAUCUUGAAACCUUCUCGAAAGCUCUUCCACAGGUCAAGUUCACUGGUAUUGACUUAAGCAGAGAGGCAAUUGAGGAAGCGAAUAAGCGGAAAAUGGAAAAAAAUUUAACUAAUGUUGAGUUCAUAACGAUGGAUGAUCAAAAACUACCGAGUGAUUGGACAGGUCGAUUUGACUGGAUAAUGAUGUUUGACUGCGCUCACGAUCAGCCCCGUCCGGACUUGGGCUUUAAAGAAAUUCGCCGAGCUCUAAAAGACGAUGGAAUUUUCACAAUGGUUGACAUCGACGGUACUGGUAACAUUUAUUCGGAUAAAAAACAAGACGGCAAAAAAGCUAUGGUUUCAUAUCUUUUCUCAACGUUUGUCUGCUUACCAUGCUCAUGCAACACUGAAGAUGCCUUAUGUUUGGGUUCCAAAUGGGGACGAAGGAAGGCUGUGGAGUUGUUGGAAAGUAGCGGUUUGAAGGUUAAAAAAGUCUUGAAACUGGAUGCUCAAGAUCACGUCCUAUAUAUAUACGGUAAGUUAUUGGUCUUUCGCUUAAUGACAGCUAUUCUAUGCGAUGAUGUACGUGCAGUGAUGAUUCUCUGCAGCUGUUUACCUUCCAGAAUAAGCUUCACAGAUGCUAGAAGUGAUUUUUACAACCACUUUGAUAGUGAAAGACAAGAGCACACUCUUCUUGGGCAAGCAGUGAUCCUAGCAGACCAACUAGGCAUCUUCAAGGCACUUGCCGAAUGUACCAUCGAUAAAAAACCGGCAACCAGCGAAGUUAUAGCUAAAAAGUGUGGUUACAAGCAUAGAUAUGUACGUGAAUUGCUCGCUUGCUUAGCGUGCGGAGACAUUAUCGAAAUGAACAGUACUGGUGACACCUUUUGGAUAACCAAAAAUAAUGCUGAUUUCCUCACAACUACACCGCUUCCACAUAGUCUGGAAAUUCUAAAAAUGAUUACCCAGUUCCCAUACAUUUAUGAAGAUCUCCGGAAAGUCUUCCAGGAUGAAGGACCACGAGGCAUUAGUUAUAAACGCUACAAAAAUUAUCAUCCGUGUACCGGUUCAUGCAUAGACAACAGUUACAAAAACCGGUUAACCUCCACUUUACUGCCGUUUGCUGGUAUGGAAGAGCACUUGAAGCGAGAAACAAUCAAGGUUCUGACUGUUCAAUGUGGUGACGGGCAUCAGACAAUUGAACUUGCCAAGAAUUUUCAUCUGUCACAGUUUGUUGGAGUUGACACAGAUGGUCAGGCAAUUGAAAUCGCAAAGACAAACCAGAAGAAAUACAACUUAACAAAUGUUGAAUUUUUGGAGAUGUACGCCAGUGAUUUGCCGAGUGGUUGGGCCAACAGGUUCGAUUGGGUGGUGAUGCUACAUUCAUGUCACGAUUUCACAAGACCUGACCAGUGCUUGACUGCCAUCCGACGAGUGCUUAAACGAGAUGGUUUGUUAACUAUCGUGGAAACAAACGGUAUGGGCAACCCUCAUCUGGAUAAAAUUUGGGAUAAAGUUAACGCCACUAUCGGUUAUGGUGUUUCUUUGUUCCAUUGUUUGCCAGUGGGAAGCAAUUCAGAAGACGCGUACUGUCUUGGCACUAUGUGGGGACAAAAACGAGCCGGCGAACUACUGGUGCAGUGUGGAUUUGAAAACUUGAAAACUACUCAGUUACCAUUUGCCAACGGCGAAGUUUUGUACGAAUGCAGAAAGGCAAAGUUAACAAGUAAAUAA